UAAUUCCCUCCCAACUCUAUCAUACGUCCAGUUGUGCUCGGUCGCUGCCCACCCCUGAGCCUUUCUCAAAACUCAAUUGUAGAGCCAAUGUUAUCGGGGCGAGCGCGAAGGCGCAUGAUGCCCAGCCAAACAAAUUCCUGUCCUCGUCAGUUGCCGGUACCGCUAGCGCCAACGAUACGAUUGCGGUCGGUCUAGUACCGGUCGUACCGUACCGGUAUGUGACAAACUAGAAGAGGUUUCACUACUGUUACCGAACGAACCCUUACCAAAGCCAUGUGGCCAGCCGCAAGCUCCAUCCUCAGCCUCCUCAGAGCCACAUGGACAUCCCACACCGAAUGAAACUUCAAUCCCAGUUGGGUGUCGUACGGUAGGCGCGCAUGACUGCCUUUGUGCUUGGAAGUAAGUUCAUGGGAGCAACAAGCCCGAUUGGUACAGUACCACCAAAGCCACAUCCACCACAAAGCUCGCUCAUCCAGAGAUCCAUGGGUGUCAUGGAGAGAGGUGAUAGUACGGGGUGCUACCAGUAGUACGGUACUGAGUAGGUUUUGCUUUGUAGUUGCUGUGAGCUGUGGGUUCUACUUCAGAGGAGAAGAGGAGUGUUUUUAACAAGUGAUCUCCAAAUUGCAUGGUUGUUUCUCUAGCUACCUCCUAACUAAUAAUAGCUUGGUUCCUCGUUUGGGCAACUCUUUACUUCCAGUAACGCCACAAACAGGCAGGCAUUGAUGCGCCUGCACGAAUACCGUUAUCUUUGAAGUUUCCUUAGCUUUCUUCUCAACAGUUUUCUUUAUUUGUUACGUUCUAUCUAUAUAGCCUACAUUACAUCUGCAGCGAUGAGACGAAGCCUUGCAAAAAAUGCUCUUGCACGCAAAUUUUUCAGUUCAAGAAAAGAUAUCUGUAUGGCUGCUGUUCAGUUUUCUUCAGGAGAAGAUGGGAAUGGGACAUUGCAAGUAUCCAGGCACUCCCAUUUAUUGUAGCGGACAGAUGUGAAGCCAUCUCCAGAAACACAACGAACACCAGCCAAGCUGCCACCGCAAAAUCUAUUUGCAACCCGAGCACGCAGAUAACCAAAAUCGACUGUGUUCCAUGUUAGAGGGCUGUCCCCAAAGACACCACAAGUCUGUUCUAGAGUUGUUUCGCCACUUUUGCAGCUUGGGAAGGCUGCGGCAGCGACGAAGAGGAGGAGCACUAGGACUGUCAACAUUGGAAGACUGCCAACUCUUGCUACAAGAAGCAUAUCCGCUCACGGUCUCGUUCUGUCUCGUGGUGUUUACUUGUACCGGUACGAGUACGCUGAUCCACGUUUUUGGGUAUUGUGCAACUGCAGGUUGUUGCUGUCAAGUGCUUUGACAAGGACUUCUUCAAGUUCUUCUGGAGGACGACACAACCCGGCACUGAAAGCCUAUUCAUGAGCUUUCAUGGUAGCUAAUGAAAUUGAUAGUCCCUUCACUUAUGAAGAGUCUUCUACUAUCUAUGUUUUGGCUAUUCGGUGUCCCUAAUAAUAGCUUCCCAAUAUGUGCAUUGGGCGAUCGAGAUGCCUUACUCCGAGCAGUAUUAUAGCUCUUAUACCGAUAGCCACCGCUCCUUAAGAUUCAAGCUCAGUGGUGCUUGCUUGAUAUCCUAAUCACCAUCGUAUCGACAAUCAAUGUUGUGGCCGGUGUCCUGAACCCAGACCACCCACCUUGGCAGGGCGUGCUUCGUCCAACUACUUAGUAGGCUAAAAAAACAUUAUGAAUCGCGAAAAACAUUAUGAUGGGAAAUUUGUUGGGGAAUCCGAAAAGCGCAGCGCCAAACGGACAGUAGAUUCCGCCGGCGUGAUCUCAAAAUGCAACGGCGAAAAAUAGGAACAUCCCAACACCCAAUCCCAUCGUUAUCAGCUCUGUUGUAACACUUGGAGUCUACAACCUCCAUUACAGUUGUUGACGUUCAAAAGAUAAGAUACCCACAAUCGACUUGUACCCUUCUCGUGUGGUUGAGUUGAGAGAAGAGGUGCGGCAGAAAAGGAAUCAGUCUUUGGUAAUUCGAAUUGGUCACAAUCGUCGAUCUGCAACCGCCAAAACGGGUAGCUUUUGGCGUUUGGCUCCUGCGUUGCAUGCAAAGCCACUGCAGUGCAGGAACGAGCCGACAAUCUUAGUUUCGUAGACUAGUUGGUGUUCUGUGCUACUAGUACCUUAACCACGGCGAUCAGGAACGAUGAUGACCUACGGGGCCAGAAGUCGGCACAAUCUACGCCUGGGUGUCUCAGUGGGAACAGAGCAGACCAGACCCGAUACUUUUACCAAACCAUCCAACCCCGAAAUGUCGCCUGGAAGCACGCUCAAGUGGCGUAUGCACCAUCGCAGCUCAGCUGCAUCGGUUGAUUGUACUGCCAACGAUACAACAUCCACAGCAACAACCAACACUGAGCCUUCCACACAUGCCGACUAUACAUUGUCAGCUGCCACCAGUGCAAGCAUCGUCGCGAACAGUACCACUGCAGCCAACAACCAUAGCCAAGAUGCAGCCAUGGAAAAGUCCAUGAACAUGCGUACUCGGACCAACUUUGGAGAUUAUCAGGGCCAUGUGCCACCCGAGGCAAAGCCUUCGCCUCACAACGUCAGUAUCUUGCCAAGGGAUACCCCCAUAGUAGCACCCAAACGAGUGACACCAGAAACACCACGUCGUUCGUCGCCGGGACGCAAGGCUCUACCUAACAGCCUGAAGCUUCCCGUCUUGCCCUUACCAUCGCCAUCAGGAAGUGAUGCCAACAGUGAUCGUCUUCCCGAGUCUCUACCUUCUCCUUUGGCUGAGAAGAGGCUCCAGUUCUUUGAUGAUGCUCCUGCAGACCAGGUACCUUUUGAUCAGGUAUGGAACCAACAAGAGUUCGUACUGGGAGACGACCAACAACAAAAGACAUCUGAUAUGGGAUCUGAGGAUAACCAAGAGCACGACAACCGAGCUGACGAUGAUCAGUCUAUCGGAACAGAUGCCAGCAAGCCCUUUGACGAACCAACCCCAGAGAAGAUGGGCCCAUCUGACUACUCUGCAUUCUCUGCGUAUUCCAUCAACUCGUCUUCUACCACCACGGGGCCUCAACCCGUGCAAUCACCACCCCAGCCGCCCCCACCACCGCCUCCACAUUCCGCGAAACAGCAAAGAAAGAAAGCCCCGCUGGAUCCACCCCUACCAACUAGCUCAUCGUCACCUAGAUCCCCGAGGAUAAAGAGCCGCAUGAUGCCAUACACACCGACUCCUCCUGGGUCGCCCAGGGAUAGAAGGAUUCCCAUCCGGCCACCCAGAAGCCCAAGUGGUGAAGAGAAGAAGACCGACGACUCGGCUGUAAUGAUGCAACAAGCACCGGCCUCGCAGUUAAACAAUUAUGAAGCGGGGGGCAAUGAUGACGAUAUCCCAUCAGAUGAAGAUGAAUCAAAGCUCAGCAACCUAAGCGGAAGAAGUAAGCAGAAUUUGUCUUUGGCAACAGCAUCCAAGGGCACCGCAGCGGAAGAUGUUGGAUCAAAAGCCGAAGACUUGAGUGUUUCUGGCAGCAAUACCAACCACAUGAGGGGCAAAAGCAAGAGUGAUCACGAUGAAAACAAGUCUGUGGACUCUCUCUUCGACUUUAGGGAACAUGGAUCUUUUUCUCCCAAGCAAAUGUGCCUGUCCCCCACGCCACUGACUCCUAAGUCUCCACUAACACCCGACUCUCCUUCGUCAAGGUCCUCGCAGAAAUCUCCAGGUCGAUGGAGAAAGAAUGCACCUACGGAACUGACGUGCCGCGUUGACGAUGACACAUCUUCUUUGGAUGUUCCGACAGGGGACAUCGACGAAGCCAUGCGACUCAAAGCGAGGGCACAAGAAGCCUUUGCCACGAGAAGACGGUUUUCGCCCAAGAAGGGCACGUCUCCUCGAUCACCAGGGGUCGGCUCUUUGCCUCUUGCUGAGGGAGUGAGCAGUGAUCUGCCUGCGGACAGGAAAGAAGUCACUGGCCAAAAAUCACCUCGAACGCAGAAAUCCCCUGUUCGGCAACCGCAACCACAACAACAGCCGCAACCGCAACCGCCACAGCUGGAAAUCCCUGUAGAAACCACGAAGACAAAGAAUGUGGUUUCUUUCACUGCCACCGACACGAUUCAUCACUUCCAACAAGAAUAUGAUAUGUAUUCGGAACAAGAUGAAAGCGCCAUGUCAAUGAGCACAUUCGAAAACGACAAGUCUCUUGGAGCCGAAGUGGAAGAAGCUAUCAAGGAUAUCUUCAUGAUUAACGCGCUGUCAGCCUGCAAUCCGUCCCCGCCAAAGAUUCGAUCGGAAUCUCGCUCGGAAUCUCGCUUUGAACGACGGGACUCGGGUGGUCAAAGCAGCGAAGAAGAUGACACAUUAUCAGGGACACAGUCAGAUGCUCCUGAUGACGCUGCCAAGGCUCAACGGCGCUCGCCCGAUGCCGAGCGAUCAACGAGAGAAAUGGCGCAGCAAGGUGGCCAGCAGGAUGAUGUCUUUUUCGAAGCAAUGCUGUCAAUGGUAGAGGGAGGGAUUGGUGCCAUGACUGCGGCAUUCGGGUUUGCGACAGGGGGGCCACCCGCUGUCAUUGAGCAGCCAGCAGAGCCUCGAAGUAACCGUGCAUUGCCGCCGACCACGCAGAAUAGAGGUCGCAGCCUGCAACCAGCAGAGAGGCCGAGUCGUUCUCCGAACCAUCGUCCAAACGGUCCGGAGUCAGAAUCAGUAUCAUCAGACAUUCAAUCAGAAGUCCCGCAGGACGAACGAAGCAUGGACAGGAAGGCCAUCAUGGAACCGCCGACACCAGCGCAAUCGUUGGAGGACGACCCUCGCCUGUUGGAGCUGGCGAAGCAAGCUGCCCUCUGUAUGCAUGAGGUUCUUGGUGUUCACUACGACGAAUCAAAGGGAGUUGAUAUCGGUGACAUCAAGUUCGUGGUCGUUGUGUUGACUUUACCGCUAGGCCUCAUCUUUCAAGAGGACUAUAGUGGGUGUUGGGUUACUAAAGUCAUGCCUGGCGGCAAUGCAGCACUAAGCGGGCGAGUUGAGCCUGGUGAUCAGCUCGCCGCAAUUGAUUCCAGGAGCUCGAUAGGGAUGAAGGUGGAUGACAUUUGCGACGCUAUUGCUGAGGCCUCUUCACGAUGCAAGGAGAUCGAGUUGACCUUCCUGCGCUAUGUGGGUCCCUUCCAGCCUCUUCCAUCCGAUGGUGAACCUCGAGGGGUCCAACCAAAGAAAAGAGAAGGACUUGACGAUGGAAGUAGCAGCAGCCGAAGAGGAAGUGAGGAAAUGUACCCCUCGAUUGAGAGCACUCUCGUGGAGGACGACUUCUUUGACGACAGACCACAGAGCACUCAAAGUGUGACAAAGGAUGAAAAAUUGAACAAGGGUCAAAAGCUCAAAUCCAAGAAAUCUGGGAGCUUUCGAAAGUCGUUCAAAUGGCUCAACCGCCGAGGGAAGAAGCGUACCAGCAAAGCUGAAUAAGCAAUGUAUUCAUAAGAUUGGGGCUCCUGUUUGAGCUCUUUCUUGCCAGCCCAUUAUGUAAGAUUACUAUAAAUUGAGCAUUAUCUUGCUG